CACCUUGGUCCUGAAGUACAUCCGGUUACCUCUCGCUGUCGCCAUUUUGAUACACAAACGAGCGAGAAGUAACGAAAAGACGACAGAAAGAGUAUCAUCAUGAGUGGAUGUCGUGUGUUUAUCGGCCGUUUGAGCCCCCACGCCCGUGAGAGAGACGUGGAGAAAUUCUUCAAGGGAUAUGGACGGAUCCGAGAAGUACAUUUGAAGAACGGAUUCGGCUUUGUGGAGUUUGACGACCACAGAGAUGCGGAUGAUGCCGUAUACGAGCUGAAUGGCAAGGAACUCUGUAGUGAAAGGGUGACGAUAGAGCAUGCCCGCUCCAGAAGAGGGAGGGGUGGUGGACCAGGGAUGGGGGGUGGUGGUGGUGGAGGAGGAGGAGGACGCUUCUCACCUCGUUUCAGCAGCUACCGCCAGGGCUCUGGCGGUCAUAGUGGUGGCUCCAGUAGGUAUGGUCCCCCGGUACGAACAGAGCACCGAAUCAUUGUGGAGAACCUGUCGUCACGGAUCAGUUGGCAGGACCUGAAAGACCUGAUGAGGAAAGCCGGAGAAGUCACCUUUGUGGAUGCACACAGAACCAACAAGAAUGAAGGGGUGGUGGAGUUCGCAUCACACAGUGAUAUGAAGAAUGCCAUUGAUAAGCUGGACGGAACAGACUUGAAUGGACGCAAGUUGAAACUGUCUGAGGAUCGCAAGAGCCGCCACAGCAGGAGUCGUUCCCGCGGCUCUCGUAGCUACUCCCGGUCCCGUAGCCGUUCCCCACGCUCCAAGUCCCGUAGCAGGAGUCGUAACCGCUCCAGGAGCCCCCGAUCUCGCUCGGCCAGCCGUACCCCGGAGAAGAAGGCUUCCUCUGCAGGAGGGGGCAGGGCUGCACAUCGCUCCACCUCGCGCUCUCCGUCCCGGUCCAGAUCCCCUGCCCCUCGCUCCCGUACCCCUCCCCCACGCUCCCGUUCUCGCACUCCUCCUCCCAGUUCCCCUGUCCCGGCCCGGAAGAAGUCUCCGUCCCGGUCUCGCUCCCCCUCGGCUGAGAGCCAGCACUGAGCCCCACUGGCGGUGUGUGUAGUUCGGUGUUGUAGUGCAGUGGUGGCUGGAGGGAGGACCGUCUCAUUGGAAUGGCUGGAAUGGAAUGAGAGGAAC